AUCCCCAUCGCCAAUGUCCUGCGCAUCAUGAAGGCAGCACUCCCACCCAGCGCUAAGAUUGCAAAAGAAGCGAAAGAGUGUGUUCAAGAAUGCAUCUCUGAAUUCAUCGCCUUCAUCACCUCGGAAGCAUCAGAAAAGUGUUUACAAGAGAAGCGCAAGACGGUGAAUGGUGAGGACAUCUUGUUUGCCAUGACGAGUCUUGGGUUUGAGAAUUACUCAGAGACACUCAAGAUUUACCUCGCAAAGUACAGGGACAGUGUCAAACAG